AUGUCACAACAAAAGUUUAAAGCGUCAGUGACACCAUAUGCCGGCCUUAAAUCUUCAUGUCGGCACAUUGCUUCCCAGGAAGCAUGCACUGAUACAAUUAGAUUUGUUGUAGGAUCUUCAGUUGUCGGAAAAACAAAUCAACUUCAAAUUAUUCAAUAUGAUGAUAUGCAAUCCACAAUACAAUGCAUGCAAACACUUGAACAUGCAAACGAAGUUCGUUGGAUCACAUGCAAUCCAACAAAUGAAAAAAUAUUAUUCACUGUUUCUUCAAAUCCUCAAAAUAGACAAACUCUCGCAACUUUAUACAAAUUACCAGAAUUCAGUGCUACUCAAGAUACUCAAAAAAUGGAAACUAUUGCAACAUUUGAAAAUACUCCAGAUGCAACACGUGUUCAUUAUCUUCCUAACGAUCAAACCAAAUGUUUGAUUACAAGCAAGACUCAUUUAUCAGUUUAUGAUAUCAACGAUCCUUCAAAGCCAAUCAGUACAAAGAAAAUCACAGAUGCUCAGAUAAACGCAUCAGCUCCAGACCCACUGCACCCGAACACAUUCGCCACAGCCUCCGAAGAUUCCAUUAAACUAUGGGAUAUGCGUGACGACAAGCUCGUUUACGAAAUACAAAAAGCACAUGCACCAAGUGUUUUAGAUAUCUCAUUAAAUGAAAACAAACCAUGGUGGAUAUGCUCAGGAGGUAGCGAUGGCUCCAUGAAAUGCUGGGAUUUCCGUGUCGGAAAAGUCGAAUGCGAAUUUAGAGCCAGUAGCCACUGGGUAACACGCGUUAUACCUUCUACAUCCCACGAACAGCUCAUUCUUACUACAGGAACUGACUCAAAGGUCAGAGUUUUCAAUGCACUCAAAUUCGCAUUCCAAAGCGAAGGAAAACUAUCGGACGGAGAGAUCGUAAAGAGCAUCAGACAUGAUGACUCUGUGUACUGCGCAACCUGGGCUACGUCAAAUCCUUGGGUUUUCGCGUCAGUUUCUUAUAAAGGACAGGUCAACGUUUGCCAGCUUCCAUCAGAAGUUGUCGACGCAAUUCUUAUGGGCGACGAUUCCGACUCAAACUAA